AUGACGAGAAAGGCUUUUAUCGCUCUAUCUGUUGCUAUGCUUGCUUUGACAUCUCGUGGAUUUGGCAACGCAAAAAAGUUUUUUUCCGAGGAAAUUAUAAUUAAUAUACUGAAUGGUCUGCCUUUGAAAUCGCUAGCAAGGUGUUCAAGCGUAUCAAAGAACUGGCGAAAGUACAUUGCUGAAAUUUACCGUUCUCGUCUCCAAUGGCCCAAACCCUACCUAUUUGGCUUCUUUUGUGUAGAGAAACGUUUGCGAAGCCGUUUCUUUUUCUCAUCCAAGGAAUCACCACUGUUAAUUGGUAAUAGUUUGGAUGAGUCUGUCGAUUUUAUCGGUGAAAGAGUUUACAUUGUUGCCUCUUCUAAUGGUUUUCUCCUCUGCAAUAAGCUUAGAAGUAGACAAAGGGUUUAUUAUGUCUAUAAUCCUGCCACAAGGCAGCGUUUUGAUCUCCCAAGAACUCAAAUCUCUAUGAAGGAUCCAUAUGUUGGAUUAAUAGUAAAAGAGACCGAUGAGUCUGUCUCAUUUACUAUAGUUCGUUAUGAAGUAACUUCUCCAGUAAGUAGGAUUAAGUUCCGGUUUCAGUAUAGUUUAACAAUUGAAAGUUACUCUUCAGAGACUAAAGAGUGGACUGCUAAUUCGUUAAUUGAGGAUGUACCUUUUCCAUUGUACCCUUCUAGGGAUGAGAUUUCGUCAUCCUCGGCCGGUGUAUUAGAUGGAGUAUUCUUUUGGCUAGAUAAUUAUGGACAAUGGAUGACUGUUUAUGAUAGUGUAAACAAGGAUUUUCGGGCUUUGGAAUUGCCUGAACGGAGGACGGUGAUCUAUCCUGGUUAUUGUUGCCUUGGAUUAUCAGGCGGGAAAAUCUGUUUAGCAUCGACUGGUUGGACAACCAUCACUUGUUGGCAACUCAACAAUUUUCCAAGUCGAGAUGCAGUAUGGGUUAGGAAGUAUGCUGUAAAUGUUGCAUCUGUAGUUGAGAAAUGUGAACAAGAUUUUGGACUCGGAGGAGGUAGUUCUCUUGAUAGGGAGCUUCGGAACAUGAUUUUUCAUCCAGCUCUUUCGCACAUGUUGUAUUUGCAAAUAAGAAGCAUGGUUAUUUCAUAUGAUUUGGAAACAAAUACUGCUGAAUUUGUUUAUGAUUUUGGAGAAGCUUGGCGGAAGACAAUACACUACAAAUUGUUUUCCUAUGAGUGGCCUCAAUGGCCGCGUCUCCAGUAG